AUGCCUCGACAAAAACUUCCAAGCUGGAGAAGCUUCCUAACAGUGGAGCCUGUCAUACUAUUUUAUGCAUACGGCCUCUUAACAGCCUUUCCUUUGUUUCGGCAAUAUGUGUACAAUGUCAUCAGUGACAGGAAAGGGUUUCCAUAUAAGGAGCUAAUAAUGGAAAAAGAAGGUACUGGGUGUCAUGAAGACGUCUUUGGAGCAAACGCGACUUUAAAACGACUGGAGGAAGAAGUAAGACGGAUUAAAUUUUUUGAGUUUACUUAGCUAUCUGAGGGCGGCACAUAAGGGUUUAUGGGGCUUCCUUACUUCUCCGCCCUUAAUCACGUCACAUCCGUAAUCUGUAAUUUAACAAAAGAAUUUCCACCAAUAAUCUUGGUGCUCUUAUUUCAAAUUGAAACUACUUAAGGAAGUUCAAGUCGUACUCUGACCACUAACCGGGAAGCUACUUCUCGAAAGUUCUGCGUUCAUUAGCGCACAGAGAUACCAAGUGGAUAAUAAGAGGGUCUCAAUGGGGUGGUGGCUUUUACGGUUAUCGGCUAAAAUUUUGGCUCUUUUACGGCUAUCGGUUAAUUUUUUUCAGUUACGGUUAACAAAAAGUUAAAAAUUAACUUCUUUUGUUUCAAAAAGUUAAAUAUUAAUCAACCUGUAUUUUUUGUAUCUUUAAAUCAAAAUAAAGGUCUUUGGAUCAUCUCGGGAUGAAACAACCUAUUCUUUUGAAAAAUUUUAACAUUUGAUAGAUCAUACUUUUUAUAAAGUAUUUCUCUUCUAAUAUAAUUUUACACAUAGAAAUGUCAAUAAUCAAUUUAAAAAUAAUCUUUGUGAAAAAGAAAAAGCAGACAAGCAAACGCCCAACUCAAGGCCAGGGUGCGACAUUCAUUAUAACAGAAAUGGCCGUUUUCACACUAGAGACGGAUUAUUUGUGUGAGACGGGUUAUCCAUUUGAUGAUUCGCGUCAGAUAGGUAAUACUUCUUAAUUCGAAAAUGGAAUAGCCUUAAUUUUGAGUAAACAAUCCGCCUGACUUUAUCCGUCAAUUACGACGGACAGUUUGAAGACGGGAUUAUCCGUUCCAGAUAGCCUGUGUACAGCCGCCCCCUCCCCUCAGAAAAAAUCGGAGAAGGGGUGUCUGUGGGGAGGGCGCGACUGUACACAGGCUAGCCUCAGACGAAAACGACCUAUAACAAAAUUCCCGUGUCCAGUGUUUUUAAUUAUAGCGAAGGACUGUAUGGAACGACUGUCUGCCGUUGCCUUGUCCGUGGGCCUCAUUAUUCCGCGCGGCUAAUGCGUUUCGGGUCACGUGGUCCAUGCAAGUUCGCCACCAAAAUACCUUGACCGAGAUUGCGUGGGAAGACGCCGUACAGGGACUGGGCAUGGCAAUGUCUACCGUAGCGUCAGAGGAAAACAGGGAAAUGUUGUUCAUCGGCAACGUGUUUUACAAACAGUGACAUCUCUGCGUGUUGUUUCACUAAUGUCUCAAGGGCUCGACCUCCUAAAAAUCGCAAAUAUUAAUCCCCAGCAAGAAGCCACACUUUCGCUAUGGAAAAAAUUAGUUCCCUGAGAGAGCGGCGAAAAUGGAGCCUAGGUCUUGGUCAACACCUAAAAGGCGCUUCGCCCAACGUGCGUAUGGAUGUCACACUAGCCGGGAAAUAAAAAACGCAACCAUAAGUGAGGGAAUCUAGGGAAAAGUUUCUUUUACGGUUAACUCUUUUUUACUCUAUUUACGGCUAACGGUUAAAAUUUUUUCAAUUUUUACGGCUAUCGACUAAAUUUUUGGCCAUUUCACGCCUAUCGGUUAACCCCAUUGAGACCCUCUAAUAACAACUGAACGAUCGAAUGCAAAUUUUUAUUUAUUUGAGAAACUGAACCUAACCUUUGACAUUCUUGUUAUCUUUUUGUCAUUACGCAGGUGCAAAGUCUAGCCACAAAAAUAGACUUAGGGAACACCUUUUUUAUGACUAUUCCGUCACUAAUCGUUGCACCAUUUUGGGGUCCUUGGACUGAUAAGACAGGUCGGACAAAACCUGCCCUCAUAGCACCUGAAAUUGGAGGUGUUUUGGGAACUAUAGUGAUGCUUAUGGUAAUGUACCUCGAUUUGCCUUUGUAUGUGAUGUUUGUGGGCUCAGCUCUGAUCGGAAGUUCGGGAUUUUUGACGACUCUCUCGUUAGCCGUCAUGUCGUAUAUCGCCAAGACAACUGAGAAGACAGGAAUAGCCUUCAGAUUAGGUGAGACCUAAGAUAUAUAAGUGCAUUACCACACCAACAAACAUAGCUGAUAUCAUAGAGAGGGGAUCACGAUAACCUUUUUGACUAUUCUCAUUCUUGCUAACCUGCAAAAAAAUCCGUUUCUCCUAGCUCUUCGCCGCUGGGGACGUUUCGCACGGAGGAACUUGUUCCUCCGCGCGAAAAGUCCCCAGCGGAGAAGAGCGAGGAGAAACGGAUGUUUUCGCAGGCUACAUUCUUGCCUGUUACCAUGAUGUUGGUAUCGCAGGCACGGCGAAUAGCCUGCGAAAACUCGCCCCUUGUAAGGAAAUCUGGAGCCCGGAAUCGGAGAAAUUCUUGAUAGUGGAUACGAGAAUCCUGGGCUUUGGAACCCGGAAAACAGCUCAAGGAAUCCGGAAUCCCACUGACGAAAGAAUCUGGUAUCCAAGUCCCACUGAAUCUGGAAUCCAGUACCUUGGAACCGAGAAUCCAUAGCAUGGAAUCCAGAAUCCAAGACUGUCUUGGAUUCCCUUACAUGGGGCGAGAAAAACAGUCGUUGGGUGUUGUUCACCGCUACGACAGUGAAAGGCGGCUGUAUUCGCAGGAUAGCGCUUGAAAGAGACAGUAAACAAAGGAAGACCGGGAGCAAGGACCCAGAAGAAGGGAUGUUUCUGGCCUGUAUAGGCGUACUUCAUGUGUAGAAAGAAGUAUAGAGAGAAUACUAACUGUUUCGUUUUACUUCCAGCCAUCAUGCAGAUGCUUGUUUUCACUGGUGGAGUCAUCAGUCAGUUGACUAGUGGUUUGUGGAUUGAUAGGUUAGGGUUUAUUGCCCCAACAUGGCUCGUCCUUGCCUGUCUAUUGGCGAGCGGCCUCUGGGCCAUAUUCAUGGUGCCAGAACUCCAUAAUCAAACCGCGAAUGUCAAACACAAGUUUUUUGAUCUCAAAAAUUUGAAGAUUCUUGUAAACGUCUUCAAGAAGCCACGCCCACGGGGUGCACGAAAAACUCUGCUGCUGGUGGCGGUUGCGGGAGCUAUUCUAACCGUAACUGUUCAGGGACUUGGAGGUGUUCCAGCUCUUUUCGUGAUGAGAAGUCCGCUGUGUUUUGGUCCAACGCUUGUAGGUUACUUCCUGGCGUACAGGAUGUUCCUUCAGGGAUUUGGAGGAGCAGUGGGAGUAAAGUUGUUCCGAAUGUGUUUCAGCGAGAAAACAACUUCUCUUAUCGCGAUUAUUAAUCAGAUGGUUGAAAUGGGAAUCCUGGCGUUUGCAGACCGCACAUGGUUGGUUUUCACUGGUAUGUAGGCAGGGUUUUGUUUUCAUCUGUCGUGAAAUUUUUUGAUGUGAGUGGAUUCAAAUAAACUUGUAUGCAGCAUCUCCUAAAGCAAAGGAAAUAGCGGAAGUCUGUAUAUAUGCAACCUAUGUAAAACCAAGUUUACUGGUGAGGACAACUUGAUACAAAUCACUGUAUUUUGUCCACCCAAGCCUCUAAUUUGUGUCAGGUAGUGGCAGUCAUGAAUUCAUUUCUAAAUUUUGCAAUUUUUCGUCUUACUCUGUAGUACCCGCGUUGGGUUUUCUCAGUGGAGCUGUCGGUCCAAUUUUGACCGCAAUUGCAUCAAAGACAGUCGAAGCUGAUGAACAGGGUAUGUGCCUGUAAGAUCGCAAUAGCACGUGAGAUUUAAAACUACAGUGCUAAGUUUUGAUGUAAAAAUUGGGAGACACAGAGUUGCUAAACAAGUAUGGAAGGUUGUAAUAGAUUAUUUUGUUGCAUGGCAACGUAAUGUGUUCAAUGGAUGAAUGGUGGGGAACGGAUCCAUCAAACUACAGAGCGUUUUCACAUGACGUCAUGGCGGCCAUAUUGGUGUUCCAAAACAAAGAAACGACGGCCAUGUUAGUGUUCCAAGAUUUACCAAUAAUCCUGUGGGAGUUGAAUUCUUCUCUUAUGCAAACGCUUUCUUUUGUUCCAAUAAAUUUGCAUAGAUGUUGCAAUUGGCCGCGUGAGGGAAAAUGUUCUAUAGCGGGAGGAAGGAUGUGGACAAGAGUUAAGUUGGGGGCUAUCAUUAAAACUGAUAUACAAGAAAUGAAACACUCACUGGUUACCAUUUUUUUGCACUUGUUUUGUCAGUCCCGAUAAAAGUUUUAUCUGCCCACCGCGGUCAAACGUCCAAGGCAUUGUCUUCUUAUAUUUGCUAAGAUUUCAUUUACCAGUAAUAAGAAAAGUGGGCAAGGAUGUAUUAAAUAAUUAGUUAACGUAGCUAUCUUUUCUCUUUUGUUGAAGUAAUAUUGAGCAUCGUUUAGUUGAAAAAGCUUUGCGCCCGAGUAGUCUUAUGCUUUUAAAAUGGCUCCAACCAUAACACUAGUUUCAGUUUUCAAACAUUAACAACCUUUUUAGUGAACUUUUAAAAAAAUUAGGAAAUUAACUAGUAUUAGAUCUGCUAUAAACUAUUCCAUUUGAAAAAUUUAUUUCUCACAAAAUAAUUAAAAGAAUUUUGCAAAAUAAAAAUUACACAGGUCUAUCCGAGGUGUCUAUUAUUGUCACACCUUAGUUGUGAUUUCUGAUUUAUAUCACAAGCUCAAAAAAAUCAGGAAUUGCAUAUUUCUGGCUUUCCCUCGAUAAUUAGGAAUACAAAUAAAAUUGGAACUGACUUAUAUUUCAGGCCGCAGCCAAAAAUUCCAAAAUGUUCCCUCAUUGCCGGGAAUUUAAGACGUUUUUCUCUAACACGAUGUGAAAAAACCUGGCAAGUUUCAGCACGGUAUUUUAAAUCCUCAUCUUUUUACAUAAUUUUUUUUUCAUGCGGUCCAACGCAGUUGGAAAACCGCCCUUAAUUUUCGUCGCGCUGCGCUGUUUUCUUCGUCGUCAUCUUGAAUUCUUACGAGUAACCACUGUUUUUAAUGUUUGUUGUGACACUGACUCGAUUGUAGCACGGAGCGUGGCGAGAAAAUGCGAAAAUCUUCGUUUGAACUCGUUUCGUGACGUGCUUUCAAUAUGGCGUCGUACGUAAACAAUGUGUUAGCCUUAGCAACGCGCUAAUUUGCAAAAUAGGUCAUUUAACUGUGGUCUUAUCUAUCAUCAACCUUGAAAGGAUCAUAAUUAUAUCUAAUGUGUCUCUAGAAGGCUUUUUACAUUCACACCUUCGUCUGGAGCUAUACAAGGACGAAACAGCGGUCAUGACCGUGCGCAUGCGUGAAAUACUGUCCAUACCAAAGAGAUUGUGUGCUGGUGGGGCUUUGUGCUGCCAUAUUUCUGUUUGGUUAAUAUUGUGCAAACGAAUAAUUUGGUUUCUUUUUUUUAUUCAGGUUCCUUGUUUUGUGUCUACGGGAUUCUGAAUGUCUUUUCAAAUUUUAUUGGUGCAAUGAUUUUUAACAAUGUAUACGAAUCGACGCUGGGCAUCGGCUUCAAUGGCUUGGUAUUUCUGUUAAACGCUGGUUUGAAAACUUUUCCACUUGUAAUCAUCAGGUAAUGAAAAUCAAGGUCGUUGUAAUUGUUUCGUCUCAUUGAAGACCAUGCAGUCUGAUCGGCGCGGUGAAUGAAAGAACAUCUGUCAACCUGUUCUAUGAUAGCAACUUCCAUUAUGGCUCUUUACUCUUCAAAUUUCGUUGAAACACUAGACUGAAUUCCACAGUGAGGUUUUUUUCAUGUCACGCCUUUUCAACCAACUUAUCCAGCUUUUCCCCGUGGGUACUUCUUCUCUCCUUCCCCAAUGUUGAGAUUGACGAUUAUUUGCAACCCGUGGUUGAUACGUGACUAGCUGUGAAUCAGCAUUGGGGAGGGCGUAAUGUGACGUUAAGUGUUUCAAUAAAUGUCUGGAGUAUUGCAGCCUCUCCAGUACAUGCGGGAUCAUUUGAAACUUGGCUUGUCUUUGCUUUGUUUAAUAGUACUGUUUGAAAGCUCUUUACCAAAGUCAAGUGACUUUUAAUUUUAUUUUGUUUCUUGUUUUCCAUCGGCCGUUUUCUCAUCACACUUUAAUCUGUUGCUCAAUUGUCCUUCAAUCUUGAACUUCUUGGCUAAAAUUACAAUACAUGGAGUUUAAUAUUUUGAGUUUUUUUGGAUAAUUAAUAUUAACCCUUCUUCAAUUUAAAAGCCAUGAUUAUUUUCGUGCUAAGAUUUGGAAACGAGUUACCAUGCGUUUUGGUUCAUCUUCUUCUUCAAAAUACUGGAAAAGUUAUUUCCUUUAAUGAAGUUACAGGAAUUCAGUACCUUGUUAAAUUCAGUUAAGAAGGAGUUUGGGGUAGAUAGGUUUUUCCACCCUGUGCAUUCCUUUCGUCUAAAGAAUAGCAUUUAUGGGAGUUUUUGGUGUUAUUUUGAAAGUGCAUCACUGGCUCAGAAACUUAAUUUCAUUCUUUCUAAUAACAUAAUAAUCAUUUGUGUUUACCGGGCAAGAACACUGAGAAUGUCAUGACCUAAGUGCUUUUGUUUCUACAUUUCCUGUUUUGUAGCUGCAUGCACAUUUCACCGCCGGAAAUUGAAGUACAACAGAUAGAAAUGGUAGAUGAGGAGCCUGGAUUGAAGAGCGGAGAAGCAAAUGGCAAUAAAGAAGACGACACCUUCUUAACUAAAACAAAGAGUAAUAACGAUGUCAACGAGAACCAAGUAGACAAAACGGCCAAGAACCCAGAACACAUAGAGCUUGUGUAGAAGACAGCAAAUAGUUAGAACAUUAACUGGGAAAACCUGAUUCACUUUUUUCCCGAAGCCUUACAAUGGGCCCACUAACGGGACUUAAUGGGGUGGUUUAUCCGUUAUUUGCUUACCGAUCAGAACUAACAAUGCAAAUCAUUUUUGAAUCCAUAAAUCUUUUGUAAGUCAGUUUAGAAGAAAAAAUAAUUCUAUCAUUUGAGCUUUUAAGGUAGCUGAAACAACCAAGUCAACUCUUUCAAAAACAACAACAACAACAACAAAAAUUAAAUUCACUUCAGAACGUGAUUGUAUUGUACAAGUCCUAUGGGCUCCCGAAGCAUUUGAAUCGUUUAUUUUCUUUGUAAAUACACUCGAAAUAAAGGGGAUAUUAAGUAGGAAAAAAGAUAGUCCAAUCACGAUGUGGGUGUGUAUAUAUUAUAUAGUACUAUCCACAAGUUUUUCUUUGUAAAUACACUCGAAAUAAAGGGGAUAUUAAGUAGGAAAAAAGAUAGUCCAAUCACGAUGUGGGUGUGUAUAUAUUAUAUAGUACUAUCCACAAGAGUAAAAUCCCGACACUGAGCGACAUGUCCUUGAAACAGCGACUCAAGACAGCUUAAAUGGUGACAAACGACACAAAGAUGGGCUGUAACUGCGAGGAAGAAAAGCUUAUAAACAGUAUUUAGGGCGGAUUACAGUUAAACGCAUUGUUUGUAUUAUACUUGAAUACUUUCCUUGAUAAUCUUGUCAAAAUGUCAUUCGAUUUUAAAAAUAAACACACAUUCUGAAGUUCUUGGAACGAUGAGUUUUUGAGAAUUUUUUGGUGAAGUUAGAAUAUUUGUAAUCAGUAAAAAUUUGAAGGGCAAAUGUUAAAAGUUAUGGAAAAAUGAGAAAAUAUUGGAUUUAAGGGUAGUUAAAAAUUAACAUUUGAAGAGAAUAAUUACCAAAGACCAGACAGUCCGCCACCACAACAAGAUGGCCCUGAGCCAAUUCAGAGCGGACUAACCGGCUUACGUGUAAUUACCCUUUUCUAUCCUUCUUUGUUUCAUUUUCAAUUCAACCCCAAUUCCCCCAAAAUUCAACUGUAAUCUCCCUUAAAAUACUAACAGGGGCAUAACCCUGAGCUUCAGAGCCAAUAUUCUGGCCUCUAACCGGUCGUGAUACGGUACCCAGGAACUGCAUAAAACGUUUUGUCAGACGCAACUGCAAACGUCUGGCGUAAAAUGAAGACUUAGUGUUUGUGAACGUGCUGGGGCGGAUCUAGGGGAAGGGUGCAGGGGGUGCGCACCCCCCUUGCUAUGACCUGCGGUUUUCUAAUACAACUGGUAUUCUGCCAAAAAAAAAAAAACUAUGUGGUUUAUUGGUGUUGAAGUAGAGCAAGAGACAAGUGCACCCCCUCCUAAAAAAAAUCCUCGGGAGACUAUCUUUCCAAUCGACGGCAACAGGUAAAACUUGGGAACGUUCCGCAUUUGACAGGGCAGGAUAUAACGGCUGGAAUUCUCCAAGGAUCCAUACUUACCCUAGGGUUAGGGUUAGGGUUAGGGGUUAGGGUUAGGGUUAGGGUUAGGGUUAAAUUGCUUUUUUACCCUCGAAGCACCUAGGAGUUCAUAUGAACUCGUUUAAACGUGCCCGUGCGUUCCAGAUCGAAUUGAAAUUUGGAAGUGUUGGUUUUUUUGAGGAGAGGGGAAAACCGGAGUACCCGGAGUACCUCUCGGAGCAAGGGAGAGAACCAACAACAAACUCAACCCACAUAUGGCGGUCGACGCCGGGAGUCGAACCCGGGCCACAUUGGUGGGAGGCGAGAGCUCUCACCACUGUACCAUCCCUUGCUCCCCAAUAAGGGUAAAAAACUGGUAAAAGGUAAAUGAAAGAGCCGUUCGGUUUGUUUUUAGAGUAGACACACUAUAUAUGAAGAACUUUAAGCUUUUAGGUCCGGAAGAACCCUGAUGGAGCAAAGAUUGCAUAAAAUCCUCUGUUCGGUUUAUAAACUCAUCAGGAAAUCAUUAAAACAAACCCGGAGUGUUUGAAUGAGUUAAUCUCAUCAAGAGAAACAACAUAUACCUUGAGAGGAAAGGACAGUUCUAAUUAUUUUUAUAGUAUCUACGAAUCGUCCUUUAAUCGACUUUGUGAAUACUUUUUGAUAGUAUUGCUAAGUUUGAUUGUAAAUAGCUUUUGUACAGUGUCUUAUUUAUUUUUUGUCACAUAUUCUACUUAUUUUAUUUGCAGUAAACUGGUGAAGUUUUCUUUUACUAGACUAAUCCAUGUCGCUAAGCCCUGUUUUAAACGUCCUGCUACUGCCGUGCUAAGCUGGCUCGACUGUAGCUCGACUGCAGCACUAGCACGACUUGGUUUCAGAUGUCGAAUUUAAUUCAGUCGAAUACAAGUCGGCUGUUGCCGAAACAAAACACGAAAGAGUAGUAAGGAAACAGUUUAGCAAACUUUUAAAUGUAUUCUGGUGUAUUUAUAAUGUAUGAAUAGAGUUCGGCUUGGGGUACAGCGGUAGCACCAAUCGUCGCGCUACUGCCGUGCUUAAGUCGAAUUCUUGAGUUUGGUACGGCAGUAGCACGACGCUUGUAACAGGGCUGUACGUCCAUUGUAUUGUAUUGUAAACCCCAGCACUGUGCUUUGACUAGCAAUUUGGUUCCCAAGGACCCUUCCCUUUGAAGUAAAGGCCGCUAGAAACGAAGUGCUUUUGUUAGUAGUUGUUUUCAAUCUAACUGAGGAGCAGGCUGGGAGUGUUAGGCGUGAUUUGGCAGAUUGGCUCCCAGAUGUUUUCGUGUCGUCCCUUCUUGUGAGCCUGAAGCUGGCUAGUCAUGGAUAAUAGAUAGUCACGAGAUCUCUUUGUUUACAAACACACGCUUUUGAACGAAAACGUGAUCUUCAUGUGACGCAAACCCACGCAAUUUAAGCCUGAAGCUGGCUAUUCAUGCAUAAUAAAUGGUCACGAGAUCUCUUUGUAUACAAUCACACGCUUUUGAACGAAAACGUGGUACUCAUGUGACGCAAACCCACGCAAUUUAUCAGUGACUGAUUAAAUGAAGAAUUUAUGAAGUUAAAAACUAAUUAUCCUCUGCACCCAGUCUGUACGUAAAGAUGUGCGAAAAUGUAGAUUGAUGCAAGUCAGAUCAGAUGCGGUCAGGUGUGUAUUUUCGUUUCAUAUUCUCUCGUAGUCAACGGUACGUCAAAAGUUGACUAUAGUACACUGUCAUUUUUGUAAACUUCAGUUGCAAACAUACAAACGACCCUAUUAACUGUCGCCUUCGAAACUGACUAUUGCCACAGUAGUUUCUGUUGCAAGCGUGGCCAUAGUUCUUGGUGGAUAAGACAAACUUUACGUAAAACACAAUUCAGUUUUUGUUCCAACACUGAUAGAUUUCUUCCACAACGUUCACCAUAAUGUGGGCUGAUGCAAUAUAGUGCAAUCAGCCUCGACCUAGUGUUACAAUCUCGUACAUGCACUUCCGGUAACUAAUUCCCCGUUACAGUUGAGUUUGUGUCCAAUAGUUUCGACAAUAAUUUGUUUAUCAACGAUAAUCUUGCAUAAAUACUGAACAUUUUAUGACAAAGUAUUGAUACCGUUUCACUAGUUACUAUUGCGAUUGUUGUUUAUAAAGAUGUGAAUCACAAGCGAAAGAACUGAGCACGUUCUUUUAAAUGAAAGUUUAGGACGAUUCCACAAACUGCACAUUACUAGCAUAAAUAAAUAGUAUCAUUAUGUUUCCGAGUUCACUGGGAAUCAGUCAACCUUGCUUGGUCACAGUCUUUCUCACCAGCGUAAGUGUAGACUUUCAAAAAAGUCCUUCGUCGGAUUUCAUAUGGCGUGGGACCUCUCCCGACUUCGUCGCUCGCGGUCGGCCGCUUCGCGGCCAAACAAGGCUCGCUCCGCUCGCCAAGAAGUCGACUUGUAGCAAGUCUAGCGUAAUUGCUACAGUUGUCAGUGUUGCAAAAAGUAUCUUAACGGUGGCGGCGAGCUGUUCUAGUCAUGUACGGUUCGGAACGGUAAAGAUUCGUCGCACUUUGAAGACGUUCUUUGGGCAUCGUCGCGCAAUCUGCUACUAAAAAUUGUGAGCAGGAACGCGUGACGAAGCACCUGAAGAACAUCAACUUGAACACGCCAUAUUGGACACAGCUGCCUUCUCGGAAACAGACUUGGCACUGGUAAUUGUGGACAAAUGGUACAGAAAUCUCACGACAUUCCAGUCAAAGCAAGAGAAAGGUAAAUCACCUCAGAAAAUUUAACCGGGUUUCGACUCAAAAGGAAAUUACAAGCGCUCUUUUAUCAUAUGGUUUGUCACUAUUAUUACAGUUAUGUAGACUGGAUACCAUUUAGAUUGAUUAAUCCACCUUAAGGGCAGAUAUCGAUUAAAAUGCAAGAAAAUACGAUACACCUACGACCACUGUUGAGAGCCUACUUGUUACCUAAACUGUAUAAAGAGGACCACAACUUUUCCCUCUCUCCCACUCUCUCUCUUAUGUUAGACACCCGCUAUUCAGCCAAAAAACUCCAGGCGUGACGAGCCAGCACGACUGAUCUGAUUCAUCAAAAUGAGUCACGCAAGCACUGCAAGUCAGCUUCGCAAGUCCGAUUCUGGUUGCCCACACCCUAUCCAAACGUGUUCUGUCGAAAGUCAAACGUCAUUACUACAACCUAUGAUUAAGGUAGGCAGUUGAGGCAAAGAAAAUUGUCAGUAAUACAACGUUCUACGUUGAAAUAUUCUUAUGUCUACUGCACCAUCUCGGAGAAAACUGCACGGGAAAAUGGUCCAGUUUGAAUUGAGAAUGUCUUUCCUUAUGCAUUCAUCUAAAAAAGACGAAAUUAAAAACCUCUUCUUCCUCUCCCCAACUCUCCCCUUAUUUAUUGCUAGUUAACGAAAGGCCACUGUCAGGGUGACCCUGAAGAGACGCAAACAGCAUUGAAUUGGGGGGGGGGGGGGGGGGUCACAUACGNAACAAUUCAGUGGGAGUUUUUAGUGGAGCAAAUAGCAAUCAUAAUGCAAAAUAUGGGAAGUGAUUAAGUAGCCACUAUUUUCUUGUUGUCCUCAUCCCUGAAAGCCAAUUGUUUUGGAUCCUUUUAUACUCUCUUAGAUUCCAUCAAGGAACACUCUUCCACUAUGGAGAAAGUAUUUAACGGUGGAACCUGUAGUUUUUUUUCUACUUCUACGGCUUUCUAAUGUAUAUACCAGUUGGUGGAAUAUACGUGUACGAACGAGUCAGUGAAAUGAAGGGCUUCCCGUAUAAAAAUGUCAGUCGAGAAAAAGAAAGUUGUGGAGGUGAAAAUUUAAACAGAAACUCGUCACUAUGGCGUCUUGAAGAAGAGGUGAGGCGAACGUUUUAGCUAUAGGCACAGUUUCACAGAAUUAGACAUGAGACAAACUCUAGACAUUUUACCGCUGCAGUCCUAUGUACGCCGCGCACGUGCUUGUGUGGUUUGGUACGAUAUCUAGAGAUAUAUUUCGUACAUUUUAGAGAUAAUUUCGUACAUUACCAACAGGCAAAUCUCAGAUGCUCUCUCACCGACCUGGCCAAGCGUGCCGUUCAAGAAACGGCUUGAUGCAUAGGAGUAAUCCUCAAUUAUGUAUUUGAAUCCAAGUAAGAUGAUGUUCUUAGCUAAAUGUUUUUAAUGUUUUAUAUUUUCAGGUUCAAAGUCUUGCCUCUGAAAUCGGAUUAAUCUACAACCUUUGUCUUGUCAUCCCCUCUCUUCUUUUGGCUCCCCUUUGGGGACCCUGGACAGAUAGGGGAGGCAAGCGAAAACCCGCCCUGCAGUUUGCUAUCUUAGGUGCAUGCUUAGAGAUGAUAGUCACAUUACUGGUGAUGUACUUCAAAUGGUCUGUAUAUGUCUUAUUCUUAUCCGCGACAAUCAGUGGGUUCUCUGGUUUUGCUACAGUUUUGAUGGUUGGAGCCACGGCGUACAUAGCUGAUAUUUCUGAGAAAGAAGAAAGAGCUUUUCGAAUAGGUGAGAAGCCUACUGUAACGAGGUCAGUAGCUGAGACUAAACUUGAUAAAAUUAACAGUAUUUCAUAGAAUUUUUAGUCAACCAUGAUUUGACGUGAUGAAGGCCUUUAAAUCUCGAUCUCAUUUUGAUUAUAAUAUUCGUAUCCUCCACUGUCACACCAUCACAGUAUGUCUACUUUUUGCGUAUUUAAACGUUAUACAAUGGGUCUGGCAGCCGCUGUCGAGAGACUUGCAGAAUCUUCUUAAAAAUUAAUUUUGUAUUUUUUUUCUCUUAUUUACAGCUAUAUUGUAUCUGGCAAUUUUCUUAGCUGGUGUCAUCAGUUUAUUGACCAGCGGAUUCUGGAUGGAAUAUGUAGGUUUCGUCCCAUCUGUCUGGUUCAUAUGGUCCUGCUAUUUUCUCGCUGGGGUCUGGACUCUUUUCUGCGUGCCAGAAAUUCCAAAGCCAGUCACAGACACGUCAGCUAGCUUUUUCAGCACUGAAAAUAUCAAGAGUUUUGUCAAUUUGUUCCGAUUGCAAAGAGAUGCUGGAAGAAAGAAUCUCUUUCUGCUGAUGUUCUGUGGGGGCGUCAUAUUCUUGUCCAGAGUGGGUAGCGAUGGUGUGGAGACGCUUUAUGUACUAAGAAGUCCUCUCUGUUGGCGCCCCACGUUGGUGGGUUAUUACUCCGCGUUUGAAAUGUUCGUGGAAGGUAUUGGAAGCGUAGUCGGGGUAGAGAUCUUUAGACGUUGUUUUCGGGAGAUGAAUGUUGUGCGUAUUGGUAUAGUGACGUUUAUGAGUGCAUCGGUUCUACUUGCUUUUUCAGAUCGUACUUGGAUGAUUUUUGUUGGUAAGUGAAUAGGACGAAUAAAAUCGUAUUCGGGAUCUCACAUCUUUUUAAAAGGUCUUUUUUAUCCAAACAACCUCUCUCCCGGCCCGUCUCGCGGUAUCUCUAUUCUUAACGUUCCCAGAUCUCUCUGUCUUACUCUAAGAGGUCUGGGAACGAGAUUGGUGCCUCCUCUCGAAUGAACUUUAUUUCAACACAAAAUUCAAACAAUUGAUCGCUGAUUUGCAUUGAAGCUGUGUUACAAACUUAGAGAUAUAUAAUGAGACAAAAAUGAAUUACAAUGUAAAAUGAUAAAAAGAUCAUUUACAUACCCAUAAGCCCCCCCCCCAUUUAUAGGCCCAUCUGACCUGCAAUGAACAACAAAAAAAAUACAUCCGGUUAAAAGCCCCCCUCUAACAUGGUGUAUUGAAAUGAAUGCGACAUUUUACGAGGUUUUGAAGGUUAAAAAAGCAAUCAAAUUCAAAACGUCUUUUGAUCAGCACAGCCGCACUGCUAUGUAGCUUGUUGUAUAUAAGUCCAGGGCUUAUACCUAGAAGUUUACGGUGUAAUACAAGACAGUUAAUCUAAUCUAAGCUAAUCUAAGGAAAUAAUUAAGCAGACGAAUAAAGUGAGCGGGCCAGGCCAGAGCAACGCCGCGCGCACUCGCGUAAUCACAUAUCGACUAACACUAAAAAGUACGUAGGGGCUAUUUGACUGUAGAUCUCUGUCAAACAAAGCUUCCUGAAAAGUCAAAGUGAUAAAAUUAAUUUAAUUUAUUUCACUAAUUCAGUUGGGACCGUUGGCAUCUUCAAUGCACUUCCUGACCCAGUGCUAAUGGGUGAAAUGUCAAAGAUUGUGGGAGAGGGCGAACAAGGUAAUUAACUAACUAGUUUCUUAGUAGACAUUGCUGAUAGGUAUGUCAUUAAGUUAUUACCCUCUCAGCUUCUGACCUCUUUACUUCUGUACAUGGCGUACACUAUUUUCACUCGCGUGCCUCGUUUAAGAAACUUAGCAUUCGAAUCAAAUCGGGCCAAUAUCCCAGCUUGUUUAUCCUAUACGCGACCUCAAAUUGUUCAAUUUCCUUCUAAAAACGUUCAUUGCCAAACGUAACUGUCUUUGUUUGCCCAUGUAAACGGAGAAGUUCGCCCAAUACUGGACCUUAAGAUUUAAGGGCGAGGACGACUAUGAGGACCCGGGACCCGGAAAGCUUUAUUGUGCUUUUUUUUAUCACCGGAAAGUUUAGCACAGUUAUUCUUAUUGAAGGAGUUUAAGCUCUCUUCCAAUCACAAAGUGCUAAAACUUCUGUUAAACAUUCUACUCGUAGAAUGCCAAAAUGACGCUUUUCUCAACCGCGACUAUUAAGUAUUGAGAAAAGUCGUCCUCGACUUAAAGGUCUCUGCUGUAAGUGCUAAUAGUCAAAUCUCUCUUCAAAACUGACAUCGCUGGGAAUGCCACUAUGUGUCCGACUUAGAGAGUUAUGCACCUUAUGUAGCGUCAAAGGAAAUGACUGAAUAACAACAGGAAACAGGUCUAGGUGUCUGUUUUAGAGAGGUCUCAUCGUUAUAGAGGUUCGAAAGUGCUGACGUCAUUGUGAAUUUUCUAUCCUUUAGGUUCCCUGUUUUCUGUAUGGUGUUGUUACCGCUAUAAUGCAGCUUGUGGGCGCUGCAAUUUUCAACAAUGUAUACCAGGCGACCCUGGGGCUGACAUUCCCGGGCUUAGUGUUCGUAAUCCGCGCUGGGCUGGUUAUCAUUCCUUUUGUAUUGGUCAGGUAAGCGUUGGUUGAUGAUUCCGUUAGUUCAGCACUUACAAACUGGUCAUAAUAGCUAAAAUAAAAAUAGCUACCGGAGCAGCGACAACAACAACAAGAACAACAACAAAAUCUAAAGAACAAACGACUUAUUAAAACUGACGAAAGAUAAACGGAAAAUCGAAAAGUGGCAACGGAUAGGCAAUACCAUGACUCAAAACAGAUUGAUGGCAUUAAAUUAAAGAUAUGUUUAUGGAAAUUGCAUUUUGCACAGGAAUCAGACUUGUCAAUGAAAAACUUGUGCUUUGUCAAUAUUUUACUCGGCUUGGAGUUCGUUAUGACCCAAAAAGAAGGAAAAGCAAUAAAUGUAUAAUAAUAUAUCGUGAAAUGGUACUUACGUGGCUCAUUCUUGACUGGUAAAGAAUAUCUGGUAAUAGAAAAACACCUUUAUGGUGAUUUUCAAGGUUUUCUUGGUACUAAGGACAUGAUUUCUUUCAAACUGGACAGCAAAACCACGACUAUGUCGACCAUGAAUAAACAAAUGAAGCUCUGAGGAAUCAGUAAAAAAAUAAAACAAAAGAAAUAGAUAAACAAAGAAAUGAAUAACAUAAAAUUGAAGAACCAGAAGCAAACUGACCCUUGCGCAGAACAUGACAGAAGAAAAGCAAAACAAAUAAUAUUAAAAAAAAUGUUUUUUAUUUUGUUUUACGUUUGUUUUGUUUUGUUCCUCUUCCCUUUGCCAUAAGGAUCAGUUUGCUGCUGUCUUGCAUUUGUUGAUUUCCGUUCAUCUUUCCCUCAACAGCUUUAUUGAACUACCACGUUUUAACGACUAGGCCGAAGAAACCAAGGCUUUGCUAGGGAAUCAAGGGAUGGUUCCUACAUUGUGAUAAAUAGUACACCGUAACCAAACGCAGUGACGUCUGUACUAGCGACCGAGGUCAAGAUUCUCCCAUACUGACCGACCUAGCUCGGUUAAUAAGAUGUUUAUUAUAUGGCCAAACGAGAAAGCAAAGGAAAAAACAUUAAUAAUUUUAUUUGCUUCCUUGCGCGGGCUCAAGCAUUUAGCUGACUUUCUUCUGUCACUGGUCUCCAGUCCAAACGGGACGAAAAUUUCUGUUCAAAGUCCAGCUUUGGACAGACUUUGCACAAACAAGCC